UCGCAAAGUUAAAACCCCACGUCCUUACUUGUGGGUGUGCUCAAAACAAGAGAACCCAAAAACCCUAAAACCCUCUUUUGCUUUCUCUCUCUCUCUCGCAUCAAUGGCCGACUCAAUCUUCUCGAUUCAGUACCUCAAAAACUUCAUCAGUUCUCAAAUCCAUGACGACGAGAAAUGGGACUUCAACGUGAAAUUGCUUCGUGCUGCAGGAUUGUUUGCAGGAUCAAUAGUGCUGAUGCGAAAUUAUGGUGACCUCAUGGCAAUCUGAGUAGAAGACUAUUUGAUCUGUAAUGAACUGCUAUUAUCUACUUAAACCAUAAUGUCUUGGCUGUAGUUUUUUCAAUCUAAAAUGAGCUGGAUUAUUUUUAGGCUUUUGAGGAGCGAUGUUCAUGCUUUUUCAAUUUGGUUAUGUUGACUUUGUGUCUCACAUUUCCUUGUGCUGAGAUGACUAUCUUUUGAUAAGCAAUAGACUAUUUUAGCAUUCUUAAAUUGUUAAGAGGCUUAAAUGAAGAGCAAUGUUAGUAAUCUCCUAUUGUAUAUCACAAUUAUCGAGUCUGACUGUCUA